CCAAGACAGUUCAGCCCGGAGACUGAAGGUCUGAAAAGCAGCUUUGUCUUACCGCAAGAAGAGACACAAAGAGGCGCGAGAUGGUCAGCGAGGACCGCUUUGUAAUCAGCGUGCGGAUCGUUGGGUCUGUGCUGAGGGAGUCACCAAAACUUAAGGUGUUCAUGAUAACAGUGUUAUGGUCUGAUGAAACGGAAGUGAUCAUCUACAGGUCCUUCCAAGACUUCAAGAAAUUUCAUAGGCAGCUGAAGAAGAGAUUCCCUCACGUGAACCCUCUCCGGAGAAACAUCAGACUGAUCCCCAAAUUUAAUGGAAAAGCGAGGAGGAGCCUCCAGCAGAAAGGGUCAAAGCGAUCCGUCCGCCGCAUGAAGUUCCUGGAGAGCUACUGUGAUGAGCUGCUGAAGUGCGACCAAAUUGUAACCCAGAGCUCCGAGCUCACCCAGUUCUUCAUGCCCAAAGAUCACGACCUGCAGACUGACUACACUAAGAACAGCGUUAUGAUCCUGCUGUCUGAUGGCUCAGAUGGAAGUGGAGGGGACCGCCAGUCUGCUGGAAACGUCACCCACCCUAUGGUCACCCAGACCUACCGCUGCGUGGCCGCCUAUGAGACAAAAGAUGCCAAAAAUCGUCCCUUCAAGGUGGCCUUGGAUGAGAAGCUUGAUGUCCUGAUUAAAGACCCUGCAGGUUGGUGGCUGGUGGAGAACGAGGAGAAGCGUUUGGCUUGGUUUCCAGCUCCCUACCUGGAGUUAUGGGAGGGAGAGGAUGAUGAUGAUGAUGGAUUCCAGUUAGGAGGUGCCCUGUACUGUGCCGUGAGGAGUUACACCACAAAGAAAGAUGACGAGGUGUCUGUGCCUAUCGGUUCUGUGGUCGAGGUGCUGAGGAAAUCUGACGACGGCUGGUGGCUCAUCAGGUUCAACGGUAAGGGAGGUUACAUCCCCUCCAUGUACCUGCAGCCUUACAACAACCCUCGUGCCGGCCUCUUCAGCAUGCAAAGGAAGCUGCACAGCUCCACCCUGAACCUUUCUACCACCAGCAAUGAGCCCCGGGCAUCUCCUCCACCCAGCAUCAGCGAGGAAAACAGCCUGGAGAGAGAACCUGCAGGCGGGUCCAGAGUAGAGCCCCGUGUGCCCGGGCGUCUCCCUAAGGCCCAGUCCCUGGAUGUCCUCUCUGAGACCUGGAUGCAGAAGGAGCGGGACGCCUCCACCUCGAAGAGUUUCACACGCAGAACGAGCAACACCAGCAGCACCAGCAACGAGCUCAGCCUCUCCGGCUUCUCCUCGGACAGCGAAUCGUUCUCAAGCGUGACUUCAGAGGAAGCACAGCAACGAAGUGUUAGCAACAGCGGGAACAGCAGCCCUGAUCUCAGCCUCUCUGAGUCGUCUUCAAAUGCCCCCAAGGUGCCACCCAGACCCAAACCGGAGGAGAUCCUGACCCGGUGCACCACCAUGACGAGGAAGGCUGCCCUCGCCACCAAGACCCGGCUUCAGAUCCAGCCAGAGCCUGUCUACAGCCGCUGAAUCCAAAUAUGAUCCUCUAAUUUUGAUUUUUUUUUAAGAAUCCUUAAGUAUGUCACGAAAAUAUUUAACUCUGUCAGCCUGCCAGUCAUCUUUUUUUUUUAAUCUCUUUAUCUUUGUCUUGUCACACCUUUGCCUUCAGACAAAACACUGGUGACAUGAUGAAUGUUUCCUGAAUUCUAUUAUUUGAUGUCUAAAUAUUUUUCCUUUUGAGUAAAUGGAGCCUGAUGUCUUUGGUUUGAAUCGUGUAGCUUCAGUGAAGCAUUAAGAUGAGCAGGUUUAACAAAUAUGUAUGUGACAUGGUCACACAGUAGCAAAAAAUGCUUUAUUUUUAUUAAAGGUGAAAUGAAGUGGAUUAUUGGUGUUAAAGAUGUUGAAUAUUUACACUAAACUUUGUUUCAUAUCCUUUAAUUUUCUGUAUCUCUUUUAACGCAGACAUUGCUGGAGAUAUUCCUGUAUUAUAUUCCCACUAUUAUGCCCCGCACUUCAAGAUCACUGUACUCUACUUUACAAACUGUGAUGUUCUGAGUCCUGAGAGGUACUUUUGGCAUGGGUCAACUUGUAAAUAGAAGCCAUGAAAAUGGCAGUAAACAAGCGAUGGGAGUGGUAAAGAAGCUGUCAUUUAACAGAAGGAUGUCGUAUGGGUUUCCUGCUAAAACAUGUUCUUAUAAAUUACAACCUUUAAUUUAUGUUUAUUUAAUGAGUGUCUAUUUCUCUGUAUGUCCAGUUUACUGCAGUUUUCUCAUGCAUGACUUUGUACGAUUCACUUAAACGGAUCAAUAAAAUUUUGUUUGCAC